AUGGAGAACAAUGAAUCUUUAACAGUUAUUAGUGCUUGGAAAAAUUUUACAAUAUUAGACUGUGUGAAGCAUAUCGCCUUAUCAUACACUGCGAUUAAGCAAACAACGCUCAAUAGCUGUUGGAAAAAAUUGUGGCCAAAUGUAGUCAAAAAUGAACAUUCCAUUUCAACGUUAAAUGAUGAAUAUUCGCAGAUAGUACAGAUGGCACAUUUAUUGGGCGGAGAAAGUUUUGAUGAUUUUACUGAAGAUGAUAUCGCAGAGUUAAUGACUGAUAAAGAACUAAGUGAGGAUGAUUUAGUUAACUUAGUUUGCGAAAGUGAGUCUGACAAAUCUGAUGAAGACGAAUUAGUACCAGUAACAUUCACUGCUAAAGUCAUCCGCGAAGGGCUCGCAUUGGGAAGAAAGCUGGGUAAUCAUUUUAUACAAAAUGACACAAACGUUGAAAGGGCUUUACGAUUCCAACGUGACAUAAAUCGCUGCUUGGCUCAAUAUGAAGAAGUUUACAAAGAUCUUACAAAAAAUUCGAAGCAAUUGUUAAUAACCGAUUUUAUUACCAAUUCUCAUAAUGUAAAUAUUUCUGCUUCAAACAUCGAAUCGGCACAAAUAACUUCGAGUGAUGAAAGUGAAUUCGAACCGUCGAUUCCGAAAAAAAGAAUGAGAGUAAUUUCUGACAGUGAUGAAGGAUAA